CAGUCUAACCUUGUGGAAUGAACACUGGCAGCAGCCAUGGACCUUGAACGCGGCGAACGGGAUGAAUUACAUCGCGCGGGCCCGGAGCCUACACGUUCCAUCUAUGCCCUCACGCGCAGCGAAAUCACGCGAGGUGUGGCCAACCGCUUUGUCCACUCAAGGACCUACAUUUUCUUGUAUCUCGGAAUGGCGGCGCUUUCAGUCACGACAGUCGUUCUUAGCCUGACGGAUGGAUGUCCCGGUCUUGCGUUCUAUAUUCUCGAAUUCAUCAUCAAUACCUCCAUGAUCCUCGAAGUAGGCAUUCGAUUCGUCGCAUUCGGGAGGCAAUUCUGGAAGUCCCCGUUCAAUGUGGUCGAUCUCAUCUUGACCGUGUUCUGUGCCCUGACGCUACUCAUUCUCGCAUUUGCCAAAUGUGGUGCCGUUAGCAAGGAGGAGGAGUUGCUGGAUACUUUCCUGCUUAUUGCCCGGAACGUUCUUCAGUUUGGCCGGCUCGCCGCGGUGAUGCGACAGUCCGGACAGUCCAUAUUUUCCCGGCCGAAGCCGAUCGACAUCAACGCUGCACGAAGAGCAGGGUUCCUCGACUUGGACGUGGAAAGCGAGGAGGACGAUGAUGCAGAAUUAGCACGCCCAUUAAUCCGGAAUCCCGUACUCUUCGACUCCUCAAACAAUUCGAAUACCCCGAUGCCACGUGCUGAGCAAGCUGUUCGAGACCGUGACACUGAAGACGUCUGGGCUGAGUUGGGGUAAACGGUGGUCUUAAUCAGAUUUUCCGCUUUUCCUAUAUGUCAUUGUCAUAAUCACUUGCAACGACGCCGUUGUUGACACUGUGCAUAUGAAGGAAGGGCUGCCCAGGGCUGCCCUGUUGCGAUGCUGUGGGGACAAGACUGCGCGUUGUCCUCGUCGCCUAAAUCCGUGAAACCGUCCUCUUGGCGAUGGUAAAACUUUGAUGAGGUCGCUUAGUGCAAGCGAACGGGUACGGGGCGGCGGGGGAGCGGCGCGGUGCCCUGACUGUCCGCACCCGGCGCACGUUGCGUUCGUCCUGCACGGUUGGGAGGGACAAUCGAGGGACGAGUUCAAAAUGAAUCCAUGAAGAGAGUAAUGGCAUGUGUCACAAUCCUGGGAUUUUGCCAUCGCGAAAGGGUUCAUUUGAGCCGAAUUGGUAUUCUGCCAGCCUGAUGCGGAGACUUUGAAUCACGGA